CUUAGGCUAUUCUUUGAGGUGCCAUUUGAAAAAUUCCUCCCCAAAAUAAUGCAGCAGCUAGCCCGUGAUAAAGUAAGAUAAUUGGCGCUGGAAGAUCAUAACUAUUGUUGAAAGAUUGAUUAAGGCAUGAAAGCUUGUGUUGGAUGGCGUCGUUUCCUUUUCUGUUUCCCACUUAUUUUCAUCCUUACUCAUUUAUUUUCUGUUCUGGAAUUGCACCAGAAUCAAGCAGUCACAGAUUCCCCCAAGGAAAACACGAAGAAGUUUGAUGUUCAGCAUUCAUCAGGAGAUGAUGCCCCCAAGAAAAUAACCAAGAAAUUUGAUCACCUGGUUCUUGGACCUGCUGCCGGAGAAGGCUUGCCCAACCGUUUGCAAUGCCGAGGAGUUAAAGCUCUCAACAAGACCUAUUUUUCAAACCCUUCUCAUGCCUCUAGUGUCGGUGAUGGUAUUGCCUUUGUGACUGUUUUUACCAUUUACAACAACUCACCCGAUGCCCUUGCGGAUGGUAAACCAUCAAACUUGGUCACUGUUGGGAAUGCUUUAUAUAGUAAGCCAGAGCGAUCUAUGGCCAUUUUGAAUGUGUUCAUUAAGUUCAUUCAGGUAACUCUUCAGUUAAACAUGAUAGAGCUGCACCUGGCUUCCUUUUGGAAAUGUCUGCUAGAGAUAUCUGUUAAAUUGCUUGAAGUUCAGGACCACAUUCUGUUAUCUAUGAGCUUUUUAACUUAUCUUCCAAUGUACUUUGGUAUUAUUGUAACUAGAGGUGAUCAUGGGCUGGGUUUGGGCCCAAACAAAAUUUUAGACUCGUUUGCUAGGUCAGGGCAUGUUUUGGCCCGAAAAAUGGGCAUAAACUUUUACCAAUCCCGGCCCGGAUAAAAUGUCAAAACUCAGGCCCGACCCAAUCUGGCCUGUAUUAAUUUUUUAAAAAUAUAUAAUACAUAAAAAAUACUAAAAACAUUAAAAUAAAUGUUUUCCAACAAAUUUAAAAAAAAUGUAUAUUUAAAUAACAUCAAGAUAGGGUGAAAUGAUGGCAAAAUAGUAAAAAAAAAAAAGAAAACAGGAAAAAAAAGGUAAAAAAAAAGCAAAAAAAAGGUGCAGUUUUUUUUUUUUACAUAUUCGGGCUGGGUCGGGCUUGGUCCGGGCAAAAAAUGUUUUACCCAAGGCCCGGUCCACUUUCUGAAUGGACCUUGUAUUUUUUUGUUCAAGUCUAUU